AUGCAAGAUAUAGAAAAGGGAAUCCCAAACCUAACAAAGAUCGAAGUCCUAGUGACUGUAGAAUUGAUACUUAACUGGAUCGGUAGGUGCAAUGCACGAAGAAAUGCACUAAAUAUGGAGAAAAAGAAAUAUCAUGGUACGAAAUUCAAAGUGACCACCAUCAAGGAAACAAUGUUGAGAGACCAGUCCCUUCAGAAGGAAGCUACUUACAAACGAAAGCCUGGGUAUCAUCAACCAAAUGAAGAGAGCACUCACGAUCCACAUCCACGACAUGACAGGGAUGAGAAGAAAAAACAAUGA